AUGGAUAAUGGCAAGUGUAUUGAUACUUUCCACUUUUGGACAGCCAUAUCUUCCGUUGAUAUCCUUACAGAGUUAAUCAUUUGCCUACUCCCGAUUUAUAUCAUCAAGCCCGUCCAGGUUAGCUUUGGAAAGAAAGUCCCUGUCGUGGUCGCAUUCGCGUACCGCAUAACUGUAAUAAUAGCGACCAUCAUGCGCCUUGUUUUCAUGCGCAAUGCCCCCAAUUCCACGGACAUGACACAAUCUGCCUUUGAGACCAGGAUCACCACCCAAUGCGCCCUAUGCGUCACCCUCAUUACAGCAUGCAUUCCCUGCUUAAAGCCUUUUCUCGACGCUUUCGAUAGCGGAAUGCUCGGCAUCGGCCUGCGAAAGCGCACUAUCGGGAGCCAUAGUGACUCUUAUGGCAACUCAUAUGCGUUGACGAGUAUGAGCCGUGGAGCAAAAGAGGCCACAAGGCGUUCUCGAUACUUGGAAGACGAGGUCGAGGGACUUGGAACAUCCGCCGCUGCUUUUGCAGUUACCGAUCCUGUCAAGCCACAGAAACUAGAGGAAAUAAGUCAUUCGAUGGGAAUCCAAAGGACGGAUCAGUGGAGCGUGAGGCGUGAGUAUAUCGAUACGAAGCCCGGGUCAUUCGGGGAGGGGUUAGAGGAGUCCGAGACAAGCGGUAGCCGAGUUGAGCAUUCAUUGUGA